UUCACUCUCUCAUCAUCCCUCUUCUCUCUCUCUCUCUCUCUCUGCUUUGUUUUCUAUUUAUGUUUUGCCUUCAUAUUGUUAAUUAGCCCUAAUUUUUAUACAUAACUCUCUCUUUUUCUGAUUUUUUUUUUUCCCAAUGUGAUUCUUUACAACCCAUUUCUCACCCUGAACUUCUCUUCCCCUCUCACCAUUGAUUGUUGGGUUGUGUGUAUGUAUAGGUGGAGUGACAUCUAUGGAAUCAUUUUUGAAGUUCUUUCCAUCUGUGUACGAGAAGCAAAAGGCGGAUAGUUCGACGAACCAGUACUGUAAAUUUGACAGUUUCACUCUCACUAUGUUCACUUCAUCUCUGUACUUGGCUGCUCUGUUGUCCUCGCUCGUUGCAUCAACGGUGACCAGAAAAUUGGGCAGAAAGUUGUCGAUGCUGUUCGGAGGUGUACUGUUCUGCGCUGGAGCUCUCGUCAAUGGGUUUGCUCAAGCAGUCUGGAUGCUAAUUGUUGGUCGUAUUUUGCUUGGUUUUGGUAUUGGAUUUGCUAAUCAGAUAAUGGAUCUUCCUACCAAUGAUGCCCUUAUUGAUGGCCAACCUGCUGCUACUGCUGUUGGAACUCAAUCUCAACCAGUAGUUAAUGCCAAAGCUACUGUCCCAACUCCUGAUGACAAGCCUCCAGUUCCAUCCAAAGCUAAGAAGGCACGUGCUGAGGCUACUGGCAGAGUUAAAUCUAAGGUACAUGUAGCAUGCCACCUCCAAGGACAUAGCUUGGAUGGUUAUGGGAGUUGAAGACUCU